AUGGGGCUGCGUCACCAAGCUGCCUCCCUCCCGGCCUAUGGGAGCCCGGGGGACACACCUGUCGGUGGCCUGCAGCCGAGAUUGGCCGCCCGGGAGCAGGCACCUGCGGGCGGGCGGGGCGGCUCAUGUAAGCCCGCGAGGGCCCUGCUCUUCCCCCGGUCGCGCCAGCCCGGCUCGCGCCAUUGUUCCCCGGCACAGCUCCUGGCUGCCGUCUGCCCGGCCUGCGGGCCGCCUGGCCGCUCCCUCCUGUACCUGCCCACACGGCCUCCGGCGCCCGCAGGCCGGGCCCGGCUGCAAGGCUGGGCCCCGCCGAGACGCAUGGGGAGCCGAGAGGACCUCCCCGCACGGGGCCAGCUGGGCCGGAGCGCAGGUGGGGGGCCCUGGCGGGGCUGGAAGGGCCCGGGCAGCUCCAAGGGCUCCGAGCCCGGCGAGGCGCGCACCCCUGACAGCCGCCCGCCCGCAGACCACCCGGACGCGGCUGUGCUCCCGGAGGAGCUGCCCGAGCCCAAGGACGAGAAGCAGCCGGUCGGCGCCGGGCAGGGUCCCCUCUUCUACAUCGGGGGCUCCAACGGGGCCUCCAUAAUCAGCUCCUACUGCAAGGGCAAGGGCUGGCAGCGCACGCUGGACGGCCACUGCCCGGACUACAAGCUCAAGUGGUGCGAGGUCAAGAGCCGGGACAGCUACUGCAGCUUCCGGGAAGGCCAGCAGCUGCUGUUCCAGUUCCCCAACAACAAGCUGCUCACCACCAAGAUCGGGCUGCUCAGUGCCCUGCGGGAGUACGCGCGGGUCUCCGGCAAGAUCCACCAACCGGCACCCUGCCUGCAGGCCAAGUUUGCAAAAGAAGCGGCACCUGUCCUGGAGGAGCUGGCAUGGAGCAGCCCCGGACACUGCCGGCCCUCCAGGGCCCUCAGGAUGGAGGAGUUUUUCCCAGAGACCUACCGCCUGGACAUGCGGGAGGAACGGGAGGCCUUCUCCACGCUGUUCCAUGAGUCACAAUUGUGGAUCUGCAAGCCGACAGCCUCGAACCAGGGCCGAGGCAUCUUCCUGCUCCGGAGCCAGGACGAUGUGACCGCCCUGCAAGCCAAGGCCCAGAGCAUCGAGGAUGACCCCAUGUUCCGCAGGAUGCCUUUCCGGGCGCCCCAGGCCCGGGUCGUUCAGAGGUACAUCCAGAACCCCCUGCUGCUGGACGGGAAGAAGUUUGACGUGCGGGCCUACCUGCUCAUCGCCUGUGCUGUGCCCUACAUGGUGUUCUUUGGCCACGGCUACGCCCGCCUCACCCUCAACCUCUAUGACCCGGACUCCAGCGACCUCAGUGGUCACCUGACCAAUCAGUUCAUGCAGAAGAAGAGCCCCCUGUACAUGCUGCUCAAGGAAGACACAGUCUGGAGCAUGGACCACCUCAACCACUACAUCAACAGCAAGUUCAGCAAGACACCGGGCCUGCCGCGAGACUGGGUCCUUACCACCUUCACGAAGCGAAUGCAGCAGAUCAUGGUCCACUGCUUCCAGGCUGUCAAGUCCAAGCUGGAGUGCAAGCUGGGCUACUUCGACCUCAUUGGCUGUGACUUCCUGGUGGAUGAGAACUUCAAGGUGUGGCUGCUGGAAAUGAACGCCAACCCCGCGCUACACACCAACUGCCAGGUCCUCAAGGAAGUCAUCCCGGGCGUGGUGGCAGAGACCUUGGACCUGGCGCUUGAGACCUUCCACAAGAGCCUUCUUGGCCAGAAGAUGCUGCCGCUGCGCUCCCAGCGCCGCUUCGUGUUACUGCAUAACGGGGAGGCCGAGCCGCGCCCGCGCCCCAGGGGCGCUCGCCCCCCACCCCGCGCGCCGCUCGCCGCCCUCCGGGCUCUCGAAGGCACCCCGGGAGGGGAGUCUGGAAACCUGGGCGCAGCGGAGGCGGAGCGCGAGGGCCGCAAGCGCAAACGCCCUGGGCGGGUCCCGCGGGCCCCCACCCACAGCUGCGCUCCCGGGACCCCACUGCGGGCCGUCCCGCACCCCUCCGGCCCGCGCCUUACCCGGGGCGCAGGGGCCGCAGCAGCGCGCGGCGGUGCCCUGCCCGUCCAGGAAGCGCCCGGGGCCACAGCUCGGCAUCGCGGCGGGACGCUGACCCAGGCCCAGAGCGCAGAGCAGCGCGACCCCGCACAGGGCUGCCGUCGCGCCCAUCGCGCCCCUGGUAGCGCCCGCGCAGGGGAUUUCAGCAGGCCCGCGCCCCGCCCUGCCCCGCCCCGCGCGAUGGGCCCGGAAGCAGGUACUCUGCGGGCGCUCUCAGCCGCGCCGCUGGAGCUCUGGGGGUUCGGAGCCCAGAGGAGGCGCUGGCGAGGAGAGACCAUGGCAUGCACGAUUGGAUUUAUUAGAGAGGAGAGAGAGUUCUCCCGUGAAGACCCCUUCCCAGAUGUCCGCACAGAGGGACUGCUGGCUGGGGUAGGAGUUGAGAGCAGAGCUGACUCCCUGGGCCACCUCGCGGGCGUGCAGUCCCAAGCCCUGGAGUCAGGAUUUGAACUCUAG